UGGAGAUUGAGAAACUUGGUUUAACACUUCUUGGGUGGUACCAUUCUCACCCGACGAAUCCUGCGAUGCCAAGUCUCCGAGAUUGCGACAAUCAACUUGAAUAUCAAAUAAAGUUGCGUGGACCAUCUGAAAUAUUGUACAUUCCUUGCAUUGGUGUUAUUUGUUCACCAUAUAAUCCAGAGAGUCCAGUGUUGGAGUCAUCGCUGACAUUUUUCUGGGUAAUGCCGCCUCCAGAACAGAGGCCUACUGAGUAUCCGCGACCUUUAUUAUUACAAUACAAUAUGCUUCACGACAGUCAUUUGUCAACUCAUGCCAUGGAACAAAUUAAAAAGAGCAUAAAGUAUUAUUCGACAUUUUCGGACGACGCUUCUGUUAAUUUCAAAGAAAAUUUUAAACCAGACAUAUCAUAUUUAGAUAAAUUGAAAUGCACACUGACAACAAAAUUCCCAAGAGAACAGAGUGAUGGUUUGUUAUGGCAUUUCAUACGCGAUGAACUAGGGUGUUCGUCGGAGAAUGACGACAAAAUGGAUCUGGAUGCAUUAUUAGCAGUCCCCAACCUAUCCCCGUGUCAAAACCGAGUCAGACUACAUCUGUACCUAACUUCCCGUCGGUUAGUACAUUGCAGCAAAUGGUCAGUCGCCCAGCAGGUGUUCCGCCGAUAAAUGUGUCAUCUGGUAUUGGCUCGUGUUCGCCACAUAAGUUUGAAACUCCCCCUUUAAAUAUACCGGUACUAUCAUCCUCAAAAUCAUCGUCGAAAUCAGCAACACCGACCCUACCGUCAUC